AGCUUUGGCAGUCAACUGUGGGAUACUGGUUUGGCUAUUCAAGCAUUGUUAGCCAGUGGGUUAACUGAUGAAAUUGAAGAUACUCUUCGAAAAGAGCACGAUUUCAUUAAAAAAUCUCAGGUCAAGGACAAUCCUUCAGGUGAUUUUAGGAGAAUGCAUAGGCACAUUUCUAAAGGGUCAUGGACCUUUUCAGAUCAAGAUCAUGGAUGGCAAGUUUCAGAUUGUACCGCUGAAGGGUUAAGGUGUUGCCUUAUCUUCUCUACAAUGUGCCCUCAACGUUUUGGCAAGCAUUUGGAACUUGAACGAUUAUAUGAUGCAGUUAAUAUACUACUUUCAUUACAGAGAAAAAAUGGUGGUUUGGCUGCAUGGGAGCCCACUGGAGCACCAGAAUGGUUGGAGAUGCUAAAUCCAACAGAAUUUCUCGCUGACAUUGUUAUUGAGUAUGAGUA